CCUGCCUUGUUCAGUGUUCUCCCAUAUAUAUAUAAACCUAUGCAAUAUUUAAGAGGAAGGGAAAAACAAAUAUUAGAGAAGAAACAAGCUAGAUAUCUCCAACAAUGGCAUUUCUGCAGACUCUCCUGGCUGCACCAUUCUAUCAUUUCAUCCACCAGGACUUCCAUGGACUUGUCUCUAGAAUGACAUUCUUUGAUAAACUUCUUUUCCUGAUAAUGCACAGCGUUGAUAAAUUGGGGAUAUGGCAUAGGUUACCGGUGUUGUUGGGGAUUAUAUAUCUGCUCAUUCGGAGACACCUUCACCAACAAUACAACCUCAUUAACGUCGGCGGCACGCCGGUUGGGGUUCGAUUUAAUCCGGUUGAUUACCCUUAUAGGACAGCAGAUGGGACUUAUAAUGAUCCUUUCAACGAAGAUGCAGGUGGUGAGGGUACCUUCUUUGGCCGCAAUAUUCCUCCCGUUGAUCAGAAGCAUGAGCUACUGCAGCCAGAUCCAAUGGUGGUUGCCACGAAGCUUCUAACCCGUAGGAAGUACAUAGAGACUCCCAACAAGCAAUUCAACAUGAUCGCGGCUUCUUGGAUUCAGUUCAUGAUACAUGAUUGGGUUGAUCACUUGGAAGACACCAACCAGGUAGAGCUUACAGCACCGAGGGAAGUACCGAGCCAAUGCCCACUCAAAGCAUUCAGAUUCUAUAAAACUAAGGAAGUCCCAACUGGUUUCUACGAGAUCAAGACUGGUACACUAAACAUCCGAACACCUUGGUGGGAUGGAAGCUCUAUUUAUGGGAGCAACGCAAAAGUGAUGGGGAAAGUGAGAACCUACAAAGAUGGGAAGCUCAAGAUAUCUAAGGAGGACCGCCUUCUCCUGCAUGACGAAAAUGGGAUAGCCAUAUCCGGCGACGUGCGCAACAACUGGGCAGGUGUGUCCACCUUGCAAGCCCUUUUCGUGAAGGAACACAAUGCAGUGUGUGACGCCCUGAAGAAGGAAUACCAUGACCUUGAAGACGAAGACCUCUACCGCCAUGCAAGACUCAUCACUUCCGCCGUCAUCGCCAAGAUCCACACUAUCGAUUGGACCGUCGAACUCCUUAAGACAGAUACAAUGCUCGGAGCUAUGCGGGGCAAUUGGUAUGGGAUAUUGGGGAAGAAGUUCAAGGAUACAUUUGGGCACGUAGGAGGAGUAAUCUUGGGAGGUCUGGUGGGUUUAAAGAAGCCCGAGAAUCACGGGGUUCCAUAUUCUCUGACUGAGGAGUUCGUCAGUGUAUAUAGGAUGCAUUCUCUUCUACCAGACAACCUUCUCCUUCGGGAUCUUUCUGCUUCUCCGGGACCCAACAAAUCACCACCCUUGUUCAAAGAGGUUCCAAUGAAGAAUCUGAUCGGUAUUAUGGGAGAGAAAACUCUAUCAGAGAUUGGAUUUGAAAGGCAAAUGGUUUCCAUGGGACAUCAAGCAUGUGGCGCUUUGAAGCUUUUUAACUAUCCAAUGUGGCUGAGGGAUCUCAUUCCCCAAAACCCAGAUGGCACUGACAGACCUGACCAUGUUGAUCUCCCAGCUCUUGAACUUUAUAGGGACAGGGAGAGGAAAGUUGCAAGGUACAACGAGCUCCGCAGGGGAAUGAUGUUAAUUCCAAUAUCUAAAUGGGAACAUCUAACGGAUGACGUUGAAGCUAUUCGAACACUGCACGAAGUGUACGGUGACAAUGUUGAGAAGCUAGAUUUACUGGUGGGUCUCAUGGCUGAGAAGAAGAUCAAGGGAUUCGCCAUCAGUGAGACGGCAUUUGUCAUUUUCCUCAUCAUGGCUACCAGGAGGUUAGAAGCAGAUCGGUUCUUCACAAGCUACUUCAACGAGGAGACGUACACCAAGAAGGGUAUAGAAUGGGUGAACACUACAGAGAGCCUUCGAGAUGUCAUACACCGCCACUACCCGGAGAUCACAGACAAGUGGAUGAACUCCACUAGUGCCUUCUCUGUUUGGGACAAGCCUCCCAACCCUCGUAAUCUCAUCCCUCUCUAUCUUCGCAUUCCCCACUGAGCCCUAAGCUUUCAAUAUCUCACAUCUGUGUAACUAUGUUUUUCAUAUGUAUCUUUCUUCCUUAUAGUUUUUUUUAAUUUAUAGGGCCUUAAGAAAUAUCUCACAUCUAUGUUUAUGUGUCUUUCUUCCUUCUAUUUUUCAUUUUAUGUCCUUAAAUAUGUGGCAAUAAAUAGAAACAAUGUCUUAGUAUUAUGUUAUGUUAUAAUUCUUGGUUCUCUCUCAUCUGGAAAUCCAAAAUACAGCCACGUCAAGCAGCUGUUGGAUGGAAAUUAGCUCAGAAUAGAUUACCGACAGAUGUAGAAGUGUGUAGGUGUGGCGUGAUGGUGACUUCUAGAUGUUAUCUUUGUGGUCUAGCAGAAGAAUUUACUAUUCAUCUAUUCCUUCAAUGUGAGCAUGUCAAAGCUAUGUGGAAUCGAUUUUGUGAUUUAUCUGGCAUUCCCUGGCCUUCUUUUGAUAGGAUGGAUGAUCUCUUCUCUUAGUGGAAACAAAAAGCUAAGUUUAUUA